AUGCAGGAAUGGUUCAAGGGAAAGAGAAAAACAGAUCGUAAUCACAAGAAAGAGCCCGUGCGUGGUGACAUAUCGGAUCUCUUAUGUACGCUACAGAAAACCAGAUCCGUUUUCCAGCUGCAACCCACAUCCAAGAAACGUAGGCAGAUUCCCGAGGAAGAAGAUGCAGCACCAAACAACUUGGCGGAAACCUUGCGAAUUCUGAAGGAGGAGCCCCACAUGACUCAGUCAAUUUGGCCAAAUCCACCUUUGUGUUUAAGUGCGCCGUCACUUUCCAAUGGAUGUGUUCCCUACUCCUUUCCAGCUCUUGCAUCAGCCUUCGAGACAUCAUCAUCGAAGUCACCACACAAAGAGACUGGCUGUGUUUCAUUCAAACCUGAGCUUACGGAAUCGUCCAUUCUCAAAUCCAGCAUCAGGAUCAGGGAUCCCUUUCAGGAUGACCCAACGCCGACAAAGAAGAAGCGGAAGUUGAAUAGUGACGUCACCUAUUCCAUUCCAUCCAUUGAUACCACGUUGGAGGAUAUCUACAACAUGACGUCAUCACUUCUUCCAUACAUGGACAAUUUCCUGUGGGGCAUGGAAGCACCGAGAUUCACGUGAUUCCAUAAGACUGAGUGAUACAUUUAUUGUGAUAACGAUCAACAUUGUGAAAAUGUGCUAUUAAACUGUGCAUCCCAGUGCUACAUCGUAAAUGUGCUGAUUGUAUUCAUAAACGUUUUUUUCCAAGAACCAGAUUGGUUGAGUUCAUUUUAUGUAUCUUAUUCAGAAAGUUAGA